UUAACGUUAAGCAGGCGGGAAGGCGCUACGAUGAAGCAGCAUAUUUGUUAAACGUUUAGUAUAAAAAAAGAAGUGGAAGUGAAAGUGGAUCGCAGUAGAGUAAGAUGAAUAUCGCGUGCAGAUAUCGUACGUAAGGAUAGCAAUGAUGAUGAAGUUGUACAAAAGAAUGAAACGAAGAGAAAAGAAACGAAACCCUCGAGAGGCAUUUAAACCCUUUUUCAAAAGUGAAAACAAAACGACAUCCGACCGACCGACAAGUCCAGUUGGAUAAACGGUGCACCGGCUGUCGUUUAGCGAUAUUACUAUAAAUCAAACUGUAACUGAAUUUCCUGAAAGUCUCUAGCAUUUAAAAAUGGGUUCACUUGACAUGGAUCUCGCUGCUGUAAGCAUCAAUUACCAUUCCGUUACCUUUGUUAUUCAUGUUUGCAACACUAUCACGUGUGUUGAACCCGUUUUUAAAACAUUCUGUUAAAUCAAACCAUGCGAUACCUGUUUUGUUAAAAAAGAGAAAUCACUCGUUUCAAACCCGGUAUACAUGUUACCAAAUUGGAUGCCAAAUUGUGUAAAUGUUAAAGACUCUCCUUCCCCGCCCCAAUCGUUAAAGCUUUGUAAACGCUACCAGUGUAAAUAGUGAGUGAGCAGAGAGGUCCGCAGAAGAAUUGGCUCCCAUUUCUCCCCCACAAAAAAUGGAACCGAAAGCUGAGCAAAAAUAUCGAUCGAUCAUGGUCAUGUUGGCCACUGGAUGAAGCACAGAAUCAGUGGGCGGGGAAAUAUACAACUGCAUAUUCUAAAUAGUUAGCGAUAGUGUAACGAAACGAAAACGAAAGCAAAUCCCCAAAUGCCCAUUGGCCCAUUCCAUUCCUACAUGUUUCCUUCCGUUCGUUUCGCCUGCACCCCUGCCACACGCCACGGCUGCUGGAGUAUGAUCACCAUAAUCACAAUGCACCACAACGAUCGCACUGAAUUGAGUUUCCCUGAGAAUUGCACUGCACCGCAUCCCUGUCUCGGGCCGUAAAAUGCAGGUAUUCAACUAUCUCUCGCUCUCGCUCUCUUUCUUCAUCGCGCACGCACGCACUCACCAUUGUGAGCCCCCUUUUCCGGAGGGGUCGGAAAAAACUACAGAAAGCAAGCGGAAGCAACUCCGCAUCACUCAAUGGAGGAACAAUACAAAUAAACAGAUCCAAAACCAGCAAUGAUGGCAGUGAAAUCAAACGGGAAACAUUCAAUUCCGACGGGACCAAAUGGUGUACGGCAUAAGGCAGGUACGAAGCGAUGCGGCGACACCUCACGCAAACGCUCACAGUUCAAACUUGUUCCACAGAGAGAGAGAGAGAGAGAGAGAGCAGAGAGGGGGGAGGCAAUGUUGAAUCACUAAUCACACCGCUAACCACACGCAUGGCAAAAUGCUCCAAAUGAAACUGAGAAAAUCGUUACAUUUUUCACCGGAAACAGAAUGAGCCAAGGAGGUACUGAAGUUAUUUGAGACUAAUUUCGGGAUCAGCCUGUACUCAGAGCAGAGAGAAUGCUUUUUAUUUCACAAAAGGAAGCUAUAAACCAUCAAUGUUAAGAUUCGUGAAUGGGCAGCUUCAAUCCCGUUCCAAUGAUUAAUAUUAAACAGGUGCGAAUUGAGGAUAAAGAUUUCCUAUUUUCUCUGGAUAAUCUAUCGGUUACCGUUUUUUUCCUAUCAGAGAUCAGAAUCUACUAACCAAAGCACAAGUAGUGAAGCACGUUUAAUGGUGAGAUCGCAUAUUGAAUUCGCUUUUUCUCAAGGACUUUUCUUUUUCCCAAUAAGUAUCCUUCCUGAAAAUGUUUUUGCAAUAGUUUGCGUUUGCUGCUGAUGCUCUGUUGCUUCCUUCGUUGUCGGGUGGCUUGUAAAAUUGUAACCGGAUUGUAGAAAAGCGUCUCCUUAAAUUAAUUUCGGUUCCUCAGAGCGUGCAGUCUAUCGUUGUUAAAACGGACAUUUCAAAAUUCAGGCGAAGAAAGAACGCAGCCAGUUUGGAGCGCAGCGACCUCUCGCGAUUUCCAGCUUUUAUGUGGGGCAACGAAAGCGGGGAAAAUGCGGAAAAAAAAACUAGAGAAAAAGCAUCUGGAGCCGGGACUGAAUUCAUGGUUUAGCAUCGAAAAGUCUGGCUCUCACAACACAGCAGUACUGCCAUUUCCUAGAGAAUAGUAUCGAGAACGAGGAACAUGGUUGAAAAUAGAGCGGCCAAAACCGGUGAGGAGGGGGGACGAUAUCGAGGUAAAAACUUAAAAAAAUAAUUGUAUAAAUGUGUGAGUGCGUGUAAGAGUAUGUGUGCGAGUCUGUGAGAGAAUACAUUUUUUAAAGUCGCAAAAGGGCGCAUCUGAUAUCCCCGGGCUGAUCCGAAGGCAAGGCGAUCGAUGUGCGAUCCCUUGACCUUCACCAAUAGACCAAUAGAUCCAAAUACACACUCACAUUAUGUCCCCCCCCGGGAGACCACAAACAGUGCUAGUGAUCGAUAGUCUAUUUUGCGAAGCAGUAGAUACAGAGCAGAAAAGCUGAUAUCAAGAUCUCAACUGCAACACUAAGCUCGAAUAUUGAAUAAAACAUCCACUACAAACACAAAACACACCGCAGAAAAGGAUACAGACACAACCAAACAAGCAAAAGGUACUAAAGCGUUUACUAGCAAAUUAUAGAACUGUAAGCACGAAAGCACGAUGGCCGUGAUGGAAUACCGGGUACUCGAGAAUGCGAGUUUCGACGACGGAAGACGGAGAGAUAAGGUUUAUGGCGCCGAUAGCCGAUAAAGUGAUUAAUCCUCACGGGGUGCACGGAUGUAUAAUACGCGAUGGAAGCGAUAAGGCCACACUAGUUACUAAACGACGACGAUGACGACGACGAGUGUUUUAUAAUCAACACGGGAUCCACGCAGAACUCCCUCCCGCCCUCCUUUUCUACCGAAAACCAGAUAACGUAUUGCCAAAGCCGAAAAAACGAAAGUGAAGCCGCAACAUAAUUACAGCUCCUCCAGACGAACUCACUCCCCCCUCAACUCCCUCCCUCUUCAUCAUCUUUGUAUGGUCUGUUCCAUUACAAAUCGAUCUCGAGACGCAUCGAAAUCGUGCCCGUCAACGGGAGUGAACGUGGAAGGAAGAAGCGAAACUGCCAAAAAAAACCAUUUUUAGAUAACCACUAGCUACACCCGUUGACUAGCGUUGAAAGUGUUUCGUCGGAAGGGGAGGAGGAAGAGAAGUAGAAGAAGGAAUGUGCAGCUAAUGGUGUACGCCACCCCCGGCCGUCGUAAGUAAUGCCAAGGUCUGAUGCGUCGCUCAAGAGAGCUUCAUUCGUUUGCGAUUAAUUUCGUGCGAGCUUCCGUUCGAACUCGAAGCAUCGGACAUCGUGGUCCAAAAAAUAUAUGCAAAGUGCGCUUGCCUCUUCUGUGUCGCUUCGUUUCUUGUGCGGGGGUUCUAAUCCCCCCGGGCCACUGCACUGACCUUAACAUUCAUAGCUUCGAACCCGCACCACAACUGCUGCUGCUGCUGCUGCUGCCGAUUGGCUGAACUUGCCCCAAAUCGUCAAAUUUAUGGCUAGGAGCGCAAAAUGGUAUGCCGCGUGGUGAAAUCGCUACCUAGCGCAGCGCAGCAUUUGUGGUGAAGAAUUGAUGAUUUAUGCUCACUGGCCAAAUGCCAGCCCAGGUGCAGAUCGUGUGCAGAUCAACAGCAGCAGCAACAGCAACAAAAAAACCCCCCAGAUGUCUCUCAAGGAUCAUCAAGCAUGGCCGGCCGGCUGCUAAAGCCUGCAUUUAACGGCGAUACAGAGAGCCCUAGCAUCAGCGCUGUGCGUAAUUGGUACUCUUAGUCACGCCAGUUCGGUUUGAAGCAUUCAAUUGGGUUUUCCGCGAGCACAUUCCAUAAUCCCCGCCCCCGGAUGCCAUGCCAUACCCGCUGUCUUCAGGCAGCGUGUCCAUGUGGAGCCGGAUCGGAAUUCAAGCAAAGCUGCAGAACCUUGUGGCACUCUUGUGGCACCGGAAUCGAAGCACGUCCAAGCGAAGGCACGAUAAAGUCCUCGAUAUCGAACGGCAACGAUACACUAGACGAGGUAUAGGCGACGAUGAUGACGAUGAUGAAACGAGAAGUUAGUAUAAAUAUAUAUAAAUAAAAUAAAUGAAUGAAUAAAUAUAUAAGCGUUUCAACGACCAUGUACAUAGAUAGCUUUUAAGAAAGCAACUGCACGGCAGCAGCAGCAGCAGCAGACAGACCGGCAGAUGAAAAAAAAUCGUGAAAAAGAGCCAACCACCCCUCAGCCAAAAAUCUCCCUGUACUCUCCCCCUGUAAGCGUAAGCGUGGAAUGGAAGCCAAAUGUGAAUAUGAAAUAGAAGCGUUUCGUUCCUCUUGUUUAUGUUUCCCGAUCGUUUUUUUCUGUUGUUUCGAAUAUGUGUAACGAAAAUAAAACCAAAAAACGCGAGAAAGCGCGCGAGAAAUAAGAAAGAAAAAAAACAAAUGCAGAACACAGUGUCCCGGACAGGAAUGUAGGGUUAUCCGAUUGCCAAAUAACAAAAUAAAGCAGAAAACAGAAAAGAAAUGCCAAAAACACACAAACAAAAACCGGAAACCGGCUGUGUUGCAACAACAAAAAAAACAUCCCAGAAACUUCCCGUUAGGCCGAGGCAUACCAGCAUGCAAAACGAACGAAAUAAAGAGAAAAGUUUAAUAUACCAUGCUAGAUACCGGUAGGGAAAAACAGUCAAACCAACCGCAAAACGAUGUGUGCCAAUAGAUGAGAUGUGAGGCAGCCAAAAGCGAUCAGCAGAGGACACUUAUUCGGUAAAAAAAACUUCGCAAACACAAACCACAUUUGCUAGAAUAGAAAAGAAAAUUGGUCCAACCGGGGGGAGAGCACGGCACGAGUGCAGAUCAGCGAGAUAUCCGAGGUUUUGUGUUUAAAAUUAAUAAAAAAAAUUGUUACCAAAUCAGGAGGUGCACGCAAAAAAAUGAAAGACGACGAGCAGAGGGAGAUAUAGAGAAGAAGAUGGGUAAAAUAUGCAACGACGGAACGAAAAAAAGCACAUUCAAUGAAAGAACGAUAGCGAACGAAGAGGUCGAAGAAUGUCGGAAAUCGGGGAUUAUAGAUAAAUGAAAGAAAAUCAACAAAAAAAAACAUGGAAAGAAAAGCGGAGAACGCAACAGAGAAACAAAACCAAACCACAAAAAAAAAAUCGAUCCCCUAAAAUCUAUCACAAACACACGCGCAUCCCGGUGAAAGCCAGAGUCAGAGAAGAGAGUGUAGGAGAGCAGAAGAAGGAAGGCUGGGAAAGGGGCAUUUGUUAAAUUAUAAUAUUUUCAAAUUUAUUGUAAUUUCUAUGAAAUAUA